AAUCACUGCGACUUUAGACGUCCUUUCCAACAAUCAUCGCGACUUCAAACGUCCGCCACAACAGCGAGCUCGCCCUCGAUGGCAGCGAGAACAGUGCUGGACCCGCACGUCCAAGAACAUCUGCGCUUAGAGGCAUUCGAGGGCAAGUUCGAUGUCAAGGACUUGGUGGGGAGCAUCUCCGAGAAGCUCAUUGCACAAUCGAAGGCCGAUCCUGGGCCGUUCGAUCCCAAACCUUUCAUUCACACUUUCGAAGCCGCUGUUGACAAGCUCAUAGCAGUCAGGAAGGAUGUUCAGGCUAAGACGGAGCAGAUGGAGAAGAUUGUCAGGACGACAGAGCGAGAAUACUCCAAGAAGAUGGCAGAGCUGGACAAGGGCUUUGAGUCAGUCGGUCAGUCCUUCUCGGGUAUGGAGAGCAAGAUGAACGAGGUAGGGCGCACUGCCAUCAGGAUAGGUGAACAGCUGGAGUCUGUGCACCAUCAGCGACAAAGGGCGCAGGCAGCAUAUGAUUUGAUUGACUACUACAACCAGUUCUCGAAGGACGAUACAGUUCGACUAGAUGCCCUCAAGAAGGAGGGAAAGGAGGGCCGGCGGCAAGUUGCUGUCCUACUGCGACGCCUGAAUGUCGUUGCCAAAGAAGUGGAUCUGCCACAUGCGGACAAGACGCGAGAGAACGUCGACAGAUAUUGUGAGAAGUUUGAGAAAGACAUGCUCCAUCUGUUCGACCGCGCGUAUCGCAAGGGAGAUCCCAAGAUGAUGCAUCAUUGCGCGCAAACACUUCUCGAUUUCAACGGCGGCGCGUCAUGCGUGCAAGUCUAUGUCAAUCAACAUGACUUCUUCAUUAACCGUGUGCGCGAGACGAGCAACAUGGAGGAGGACUUGUGGCAUACUCUUCCAGGUCCCAAUGCAAACCCUCCAACGUCAGAGUCAGGUUUGAAUGAGCUCUUCCAGGAGAUUCGAACGACAGUGGGGCAAGAAGCACAGAUCGUGCAGGCCGUCUUCCCGAACCCUCCCUUUGUCAUGCAAGUGUUCUUGCAGCGAGUAUUCGCACAAUCGAUCCAACAGUACAUGGAACAGCUUUUGAACAGAGCUGCGGGGCUGUCUGAUCUCGCCUUCCUGCGCAUACUGCAGCUGGUCCACCAGCAGACGGCUCUGCUCAUCGAGGACCUCAAGGCAUAUGAGGUCUCCUCAGUUAUCCCUCGCUCUCCCUCUGACAUGGGCGACUUCAACCUGAUGCUGAACGCCGCUCCAUCAUCAGCCGCUGCGACGACUGCAGCUACCGUGAGCACCAUGCUGGAGACCGCGAUGGAGGAGCUCUUCGUGCCAUACACUGAAGGCCAGAGGUACCUGGAGAAGGAGAGCAAGAGUCUGGGUGAGCUUUACGCGAACUACCUUUCGAACUUCACUCGGUACCACGAGCGGAACCACAAGGGCUCAAAGUCGUCGAUGUUCGACCGCAUGGUCAACCAGCUGAGCGCCGCUGCCUCGAACACGUCGACGUCGGGUACCUCUACUACAUCCGCACAGGCUGCUGCCGCGCUCAUGCGCUUUGGAGGCCUGUCAGCCGACCGUGAGAAAGACAAGUUGGGCGAGGACCCUAUUCGCGAGGAGGAUGGGCAGGUCAGCGUCCAGAUUGCGGAACGGAUGCUGAAGUGGCAUGCAGAGGCCAUUGGACGAUGCGUCGAGAUGAGUUCUGCGAAUGAUGUUCCAAAACAUACCUUUGCUCUAUUGCGUGUCCUGGCCGCAGUGAUAGGCAACGCAUAUGUAGAGCCGGCUUUGGAGACUGCACAAGUUCGACUGGAAGCGGCAGAUACGAAGUCUGAGCCAUCUCUGCAGGCGCUGACUGUCGUGCAUGAGGUCGAUCUUAUAUGCCAUCUAUGGCAGCACUACGUGAACAUGGCGUUGCUUCCCCUCUCCAGCAGCUCAGUAACGGUGCGCCGGGAGAUGGUCGUCUUUAACAAUCAGACUGUCAGCAGGAUUGAGGGUGCUGCUAAUCACCUCAUGCAACGUCUCGCUGACGCUAUCAUCAGCUGGCUCUCUGCGCAGCUGGCAAAGCAGAAGAGGAACGAUUUUAAGCCGCGGAACGAUGAUCUGUCCUUUGCGAGGGUGAAUACGGAGCCGUGUGUUGCGUGCUGCGAUGUGCUGGAGAAAGUCCGAGAUGCUGCGAAGGCCAACUUGAGUGGCAAGAACCUGGAAGUGUUCUUGACCGAGAUCGGCGUCGCGUUCCAUAGCUUGCUCCUUGACCACCUCAAGAAGUUCCCAGUCAGCGCGACGGGAGGACUGAUGCUCGCCAAGGAUCUCAAGUCAUACCAGGACAUCAUCAGCAGCUUCUCCAUUCCCUCUCUACACGAACGCUUCGAGUUCCUCCGCCAGCUCGGCAACGUCUUUCUCGUCCGGCCAGACAUCCUCAAAUCCUACAUCACCGAGGGCUACCUCGGGCGCAUCGACUCGACGCUCCUCCGGCCGUACCUCGCACAGCGCGUCGACUGGGGCCAGGCAGAGAAGGGCUUCAACGACAGCACCGAGGACGUGAACCUGUCGGAGGGCAAGGGCCUGAAGGAUCGGCUUGGGAUGGGUAGGUUGAGCAUGAUCAUGAAGGAUCUGGAGCCGUUGAAGGAUAUGAGCAUUCGGGAUAUGAGCCUUCCUGCGCUAUCAAGUUCGAUACCGACCAAUUUCUCGAUGUCGUCGCGAUUUGGCAGAUAG